CGCAAGAAUGAAGUUUAGGGGGAAGAUCGUAGAUGUUGGUUGUUUAAAUCAUUUUACGCGUGUUGUGAACACAAUCUCCAAACUCACAAAGUCAUGUAUUCUAAGACUUACCAGUGACAAGCUCUACUUUAUCUUUUCUGACAAAGUGGCCAGUGGAGGUGUUGCAAUGUGGUGUCAGCUGUUUCAGGGUAAUUUUUUUGAUGAGUAUCAGAUUGAAGGAGUAUCAGCAGAGCAUAAUGAAAUUUACCUGGAACUGAUGCCUGAAAACCUUGCAAGAUCCUUGAAAACAGCUCAGAAUGCCAAAACUGUGAAAAUUAAGCUGACAAUGAAGCAUUGUCCAUGUAUCACCAUUGCUGUAGAACUGCCAUCCCUCUCCAGCCACAGUCGUGUUGUUACACAUGACAUUCCCAUUAGCAUCAUCCCCAGAAAGCUUUGGAAUGAUUUUGAAGAACCCAGUGUUCCAGAUUUUGAUGUCAGUAUUUAUUUACCAGUACUGAAGACCAUGAGGAGUGUUGUAGAAAGAAUGAAGAAUCUUGCUAACCAUGUUAUCAUUGAAGCCAAUCAGAAUGGAGAAAUGAAUUUGAAAAUUGAUACUGAUCUGGUGUCAGUGACAACACAUUUUAAAGAACUUGGGAAUCCUCCAUGGGUUGAAGAGGGUACGCAACCUGAUUCCUACCAAAUAAGGGAUCCAACAAGCAUGGCUGAAGCUCGGAUAGACAUAAAGAGACUUCUUCAGUUUCUUGCUGGACAGCAAGUGAACCCAAGCAAAGCCAUAUGUAAUAUAGUGACUAACAAGAUUAUUCACUUCGUUUUACUGCAUGAAGAUGUGUCUCUUCAGUACUUUAUUCCAGCUCUUGCUUGAGAGAGUUCACAUUAACAUCUAAAAGUAUCAUGGACACCUGCAUCCUUUCUUGAAAUGAAAGAGCAUCCUGUCUGAGAAGUCCUCACUGUGACAAGACAUUUAAAUGUGGUGCCAAUAAUUGGACUUGACGUUGCAAUAGCCUUUGUUUUUAGAUCUUGGAAAGAUUAUUGCUUGGUAAUUAGUGCCUAAUUUUCAAUUCAGCAUAGAAUGUUUCAAUAUUUUUUCUACUUUUCUUGAUAGACUUAUCUGAUUUCAUCCAGUUUUCAAUAGCUACUGAAAAUGAAACUCAAUUUUCCAACCUGUCUUAUUAAUGUAUAUGUGGUUUCAGAGCUGAAAAAUAGUAAUUUAAAAAAGAACUAAAAAGAUCUUCUAUGGAGUUUUGCUUUGCUGCAUGUUCUUUAUUUUUCAUAUCAAAGCAAUCGUUGGAUUUUAAAAUAUACUUCUAGUCUUUUGUGCAUAAUUUGUUACAAUUUCAGUUAUGUUGUUGUUUGGUUUUUCUUCCUCCUUUGUAUUACUGCCAAUUUGUUUAUUUAUUGAAGAUGCAAGACCGAAAACAUUAUCAAAAUUAUUUUCACUAUUUAUGUUACCAAUAAAAAAAACAAAAUACAUUCACUUCAAGUGUAGAAGAGUUACAAGAGGCCAUUUGGUCCAGUUGCAUAAACAACUCAGUUAGUCCCAUGGUGUUUCCUAUCAUUGUGCAAAUUCUUUCUCUUCAAAUAAUUAUUCAAAACUUCUUUGAAAACCCUAAUUGAGUCAGUCUCCAGUAAACUCUCAGACACGCUUUCUGAAGGGGGAGGGGAGAGAGUGUGGGACAUAUUGGUACUUGUGACAAAAGUAAAAAAAAGGGAUAGGGUUCUAUAAGCAAAUUUAGGGAGCUGGAAAGUAGACUAAAAAGCAGGACCUAAAACGUAAUAAUGCCUAGGUUACUUCUGGUGCCAUGUGAUUGUGAGUGUAGAAAUAGGAGGCCAGUCCAGAUGAAUGCAUGACUGGAGAGAUGGUGCAGGAGGGGAAACUUUAGGUUUCUGGAACAUUGAGAUCGAUUGGAGGGAAGGAGGGAGCGUACAAGUUGGAUGGGGUGCAUCUGAACCAGAAUGGAACCGACAACCUUGGGGGCGGUUUGCUAGUGUUGUUGGGGAGGGUUUAAUCUAACUUGGCAGGGAUAUGGAAUCCUGAGAGAAGGUUCAGCAAGGAGAGAUGCAUGGCCAAAAUUAGAGGAUGUAGCAAGGGCAUUGAAAAUAAUAGCCAAUUAAAGCUUAAGGGAGUUUGGCAAGGUUGGAUGUUAUUUAGUUUGAUGCAUGGAGUCUGAUAAACAAGGCAGAUGAGCUGAAAGCACAAAUUACAAUAUGGGAUACAAUGUCAUUGUUAUCACUGAGACAUGGUUGAGAGAGGGGCAGGAUUGACAGCUCUAUUCCAGGAUGUAGGGCUUUCAGAUGAGACAUGGAAGGAGUUAAAAGAGGAGGGGCUGUUGUAAUAUUGAUCAGGGAAAUCAAUAUAGCAGUAAGGAGGGAUGACAUCUAAGAAGACUCCUCAAAUAAAUCCAUAUGGUUAGAAGUUAAAAGCCAAAAAGGAGCAGUCACGUUUCUGGUAGAGUAUUAUAAUUCCCCUAACAGUCAGAGAGAAAUAGAGGACCAGAUAUGUAGACAAAUUUCAGUGCAAUGUAAAAGUAAUAGCGUAGUGGUUGUGAGGGAUUUCGACUUCCUCAACAUUAACUGGUAGUCUUAAUGUGUGCAGAAGUCUUAAAAUGCUUCUUAAAGCCAGCAUGUCAAAGGCCUUCCAAGAGAUGGUCUGUCCAUAAUUUAAGGCAAUGAAGCUGGGUAAGUGGUUGAAGUGUCAGUGGAGGAGCGUUUUGCAGACAAUAAUCCUAACUAUUCAAGAUUGUUAUGAGAAAGGACAAGGAUGGGUCUGAAAUUACGGUUCUAAACUGGGGGAAGGUGAUUAGAUCAGAUGUGAUUCAGCCAGAGUGGACUGGGAGCAGAUACUUGUAGGUAAAUCUGUCAGGGUAGUGGGACACUGAAGGGAGAGGAGAGAUCAUUGCUGGAAUGGGGGUGGGGGUGGGGCAUAGAUUUAAGAUAAGUGGCAGGAGGUUUACAGGGGAUAUGAGGAAAAUCUUGUUCACCCAGAGGGUAGUGGGAAUCUGGAACUCACUGCUUGUAAGGGUGAUACAGGCAGAAGCCCUCAUAAUGUUUAAAAAGUAUUUUGAUGUGCACUUGCAAUGUCCAGGUAUACAAGGCUAUGGACCAAGUGCUGGAAAAUGGGCUUAAAAUUGUUACAUGCUGUGUUUUGACUGACACAGACUGUAUUGGCCAAAGGGCCUUUUUCUGUGCUAUCGGCCUCUAUGACUGUCAUGCAAUUUGAAUCCUAACUGCUGCCAACAAAAGGUUUUUCAACAGGUUGCUAUUGGCUCCUUUGUUAAUUGCCUUCAAUCAAUGCCCUGGUUCUUGAUAUAUGCGCCAAUAGGAAUAGAUUGUCCCUGUUUACUCUGUCUGAACCCCUCAUUAUUUUGAACACAUCAAUCAUACCUGCUUCCAUAUGGGUGUUUUCCUGAUGGUGGAUAGAAUAUAUUUAUACACAGAAUCCAGUCUAUUCACAAAGGCAUCCUUUUUUUUCUGUCUCACUAAAUAAAAAGAAGUCUGUGGGCCUUUGGGGGGGAAAAUGUAGAAAAAAAACCUCAGACUAAGGCAGCAUUCUGUUUUGUUAGUGGAAACCAUUGACAUUGUAGGAGAGAGAGGUUUCAAACCAUUGAUUUCUAGUACAUCUCUAUUUAUAUUUUUCAAACUAUGACCAGUUACCACCACAUUGUCAUAACACAAGUCAAUUUCUGUUGUCCUUUCUAAGUUAUUUUGUAACCUGAUUCAAUUACAUUGCAAAUCUAUUUUUUUAAAAGUGUCAGUGAACAAAUGAAUGUUUCAAAUGCUGUGUCAACAGUGUCCCCAGCUUGUGAAAAAGCAAUUUUGCCAGAAUUCUUUUUUCAGGCUUCUGUAUGACGUCUUUACAAAUAGAGGACUGGAAUUUUCCAUCCCACCUGUUGCAAUCCCUUCCCAUUGCUAAGUAUCUCAGAUUUGCUGCAUUGAUUGUGCACAGUAAUUUGAAUGAUUUGUGGAAAAUGUAAUUAUUGUUGUUGAAGGGAAUGGUUUCUAUCCUAAUUUUAAUUUCUUUUCUACUGUUUCUCACUUCCAUUAAAUGCAAUGUAAAAUACAUUGUCACAAAUAAAAUAGAGGUGGAAAUAUUCUUUCAUCUU